UGUUUGGCCAAAAUGGUGUCCUUAGAGGCCGAGAAAUUGUGAUACAGCUGGCUGAAGCAGCUUUCCCCCUUAUUAUUCACUGUCAAUGUCAACAACCGAAGCUUGGGAAAAGGAAAACCCACUUAUAAAUUCGAUAUGGACUUGGAGGAGGUGGCAAGUCAGCAUGGAUUCAGCCAGCAUAUGGCCAUGGCCACGUACAAUGUGGAGACCUCGGCGGUGCAUCGGAAACUGCAGAGCAAGGUGGAGGCCCUGAGGAUCCUGCGCCAGGAACUGGAGCAGUUUCGCGUGGAAAGAGAUCAAUACAAGCUGGUGGCGGAGACCCUGCAGCUGCGCUACUCGGCGCUGAAGAGCAACAGUGAACUGCUGGCCGUCGGCGGCUGUGGAGCCCUCAGCGAGAACUCCAGCUUGGCCGCCCUGCUCCAUGAGACGCGGGAGCAGAAUCUCAAGCUCAGCACGGAGGUGGAGGCCCUGAGGCAGCGACUAAACGAGCUCCAGGGCGACAUGGAACUCCUACGCGAGACGGAGGCUAGCAAUAAGUCCAGGGUCCAGGCGAUGGCCACCGAGAAUGCUGCCCGCAACAAGGAGGAGCUGCAGUGGCGUCGGGAGAGGGCAAACUUCAUCUGCCACCUGGAGGGCCUGAAGAAACGCAAUGCCCAGCUGGCCUUUGAUCUCAAGGCGGUCAUCGAUGAGAAGGAGGAACUGAUUACCGAGCGGGAUGCCUACAAAUGCAAGGCCCAUCGCCUCAAUCACGAGCUCUUCGUGGCUCUGAGGGCUAAAAAAACGCAUCCUAGGCUCCUGGACAUCGAUGGUGUUUUGCUGGAGAACAAGUACCUGCAUGAACGUGUGAAGAUCCAGGACAGCGAACUGGAACUGACCAAACAGAGCAUAGCCAAGUACAAGACCAUGUUGGAUGCCAAGAAGAAAAAGGGAAUUGUAAAACUGGGCGGAGGCGGCACAAAUGAAGACACCAUACUGAGUCCACGACAAGUUAAAACCAUUCUGGAGAGCGGCAUUGAUCUGCCGCAGAAAACCGAGAGCUUAAGCGACCUCAAAUCCUUGUGUUUGGCUUUGCUAGACAAUCUGAACGAUAAGAAUUUGGCCCUAACUCACCAGAAGAAGACCAACAAAAUACUGGCUGGCAAAAUGACGGAGCUGGAACAGCGGUGGCAGCAGCUCCUCUCUGGAAACGAGGAUAACUCGGAGGGCCAGGAGGAGGACGAGGAGUACGGCUAUGCUCCCUCGCAGCUGCUCCUCAAUGGCUACUGCGCCGCAAUGGUUGAUGAUGCCGACAUCAGCAGCACUCCGUCCAUUGCCCCCGACAACGAAGACGCGGCAAUUACGCCGGAUCCUGGGGAUACCAGGAAGCACAAGUCGGCGGAGGUCCUGCACUCGGACGAUGGAAUGUCCUCGCUGUCGACCGAGUCCGUGGACUCCUCGGUUUACGGGGUGGAUGUGCAGCCUUCCGAAGACUUCCACAAGUCUUCGUCGGCCACCACAGAUUCCGGAAAUUGCGGUCUGAGCAGCCGGUGUACCGGCACACCUCGAAUAUCCAGUUCCGUGGCUCGCGAGCGGAUGGAGGAUCUAAAGGACUUGCCUCCCCACCUGGCCACGCUGGUGCAGAAGGCUCUCCACGAACUGGACAUGCGGGACUACGAGGCUAUGGUCACGAUACGGGCCGAAAAUCUAUCUGCUAUUCCUUAAAUACAAAACUAGUUCAAUUGGGAAGUCCCGCAAAGAUGGAAGCAUAUCGCAGUGUUGACAGAGGAUAUAAUAUAUGUAUAUUACCGCAACAGCGUACAAUAAAACAGAUUAUAAAACAGGAAA